AUGCUGGAUGGUGUUUUGAAGAUUGGUAAUAGUAUCCCUCGUCUAGAUAUGGUAAAAUCUGACGACUAUCGGACUACUGCAGAAGGUUUUUGCAAUGGUUUGAUCUGUUUGCAUCGAUUCAUGUGUGCAACCAUUACUUUGUUAAAUCCGUCCACCAAGGAGUACAAAAUUUUACCUCCAGUGCCACGUCGCAGUGGGGGUUUCCACGCACAUGGAAUAGUGUAUGAUCCCGUGGGUGAUGAUUACAAGGUUGUUAGGGUUGUGCUGGUCUAUGAGGAUCCGGAUCACGCUUCGUCCCAAGUAAUGGUUUAUGGUUUAAGAUCGAGUAUGUGGAGGCGGGUAUGCGAGGGCUUCAAGUAUUUCCUUUAUUGGCCUCCUGAAUCUAUGAGAAAUCCCGGUGUGCUUGUUGAUGGUGCUUUGCAUUGGUUGGCUUGUAGAGAUCAGACAGAUUUGUUUGACAUUGCUGUUGGUUUUGAUCCCGUGGAUGAGGAAUACUGGGUAAUAGAGGUGCCAAAUGUUUCUAGUGUUUGUUAUGGGACCUUGGGGGUAUUGGAUGGAUGUUUGUGCAUACUUUAUGCUAUUAAUGAACAAGAAGCUUUUGAACUAUGGGUCAUGAAUGAUUAUAUGGUGGAGGAGUCAUGGACAAAAGUCUUCACCCUAAUGUUAACGGUGCCAAAUCUCGACAGCAUGUAUGGCACGCAGUGUGCAAGGGUUUUGGCUUAUUCUAACAACAGUAGGGAAGUUUUCUUGUUGUAUAUGUUUGGUAAAUUAAUGUGGUAUUACCUGAAAGAGAAGAGGGUCAUCGAUCUCGGCAUUUGUGCAAUUGCUGCGGAUGUUAAUGUGAAAAGCCUUUUUAAGCUCAAUCAUUAUCAGUGA